ACUGAUAAAUAAUUUCUUGAAGAGGGGACAUGAACUGAUAAUGUAGGAAACUAAACAGAAAAUAUAAAGUCAUGUGACUUCAGCGUGAUCAUAACAACUGAGGAAAUCGAGGUCAAUGGUCACACGUGGCCUCGGGUAUAAGAGGACAAAUCAAGAUCUCAGAUCUGAUAGGGACAGAACGGAUCACUGAUGUUGAGAACAAGAACUGAAGCUUUGAGGCACAUCUGGAGAGUAAACCGCUGUCUCACGUACCACAAUCAAGAGAAGUUCAGUGCUGUUAGUGUAUCCCAACACAAUUUUGGUUGUCUCAGCAAACACAACCAGGACAGUCUCACCAAACACAAUCUAGCUAAGUUCCACUCUGGUUCAGUUGUCAGGAUGGGAGGCAGGGUAUCUCAGCCAUCUCCAGCCAUUCAUCAGUUUAUAAAUGAAGAAGUCUCUAAGAAUUGUGUCACAAUUUUCUCUAAGACAAGCUGCGGUUUUUGCAAGAGGACCAAAAGAUUACUGGACCAGCUAGAAGUGCCAUACAAGUCCAUAGAGUUGAACUGCAGAGAUGAUGGACCACUUAUACAACAGGAAUUACAAGUUAUGACUGGUUCAUCUACAGUCCCCAGUGUGUUUGUGAAUGGCCAGUACAUAGGAGGCAGUGAUGACACCAACAGGCUGCAAAAAGAGGGGAAGCUUCUACCACUAGUCAGACAGUGUAUGCCAUGAGGGACCAAACAUUACUUGUGUUGUAUUCCAGACUUCCAUCUCACCCUGCUAUUGACAGUGCUGUUUUACAAUAGGGCUGCAUAUUCUGUAUAUAUGUUGCUUUUUUUUU